AUGCCGGAUGUGCUGUUCUCACAGCGCUCGGUUCGCAAAGCACUGCUCUCCCUGGACAUCCAGAAGUCGAGUGGGCCUGACGGAAUCCCCCCAAUUGUGCUGAGGACGUGUGCUCCGGAGUUGGCACCGGUCCUAACGCGUCUUUUCCGGUACUCCUACUCCCAAGGCAUAGUCCCGAAUUCAUGGAAGACAGCUUUUGUCCACCCGAUCCCUAAAAAAGGCGACCGCUCAGACCCAUCCAACUAUAGGCCUAUCGCGAUCACCUCCUUGUUCUCCAAAAUAAUGGAAUCUAUUAUUAACUGCCAGCUCAUCCGGUACCUUGAGGAUCACCAGCUGAUUAGUGACCGCCAAUACGGUUUUCGUCGGGGUCGAUCAGUUGGUGAUCUUCUGGUCUACCUGACCCAUAGAUGGGCGGAGGCAGUAGAGUCCAAGGGGGAGGCGUUGGCCGUUAGUCUGGACAUUGCGAAGGCCUUCGAUCGGGUUUGGCACAAAGCGCUUCUUUCGAAGCUCCCUUCCUAUGGGCUUCCCGAGAAAUUGUGCAAUUGGAUCACCAGCUUCCUUGCAGAUCGGAGCAUCAAGGUCGUUGUAGACGGUGCAUGCUCUGACUACAAGCCUAUUAACGCUGGUGUUCCACAAGGCUGUGUGCUAUCACCAACGCUGUUUCUUCUGCAUAUCAAUGAUAUGUUGCUAACUGGUAACAUACAUUGCUAUGCGGAUGACAGCACUGCCUUAUUUGUAACUAAUGCCUCUAUUGCUAAAGCUACCUCCCGUUUAUCCCAACCUGCCAACUUUCUUAAUAACUGGCUGUUUGAGCAUGGCUUAUCAAUAUCUCCUUUGAAAUGCAGUACUAUGGUUUUCUCUAGGCGAAGGCAAACACCAGAAGUGUCCAUAUAUAUUGAUAAUACCCUAAUCCCCACUGAAAAUCAGGUGAAAUUUCUAGGAGUUAUUCUGGAUAACAAAAUGACAGGAAUUCCUUAUCUAUCAUAUAUUGCUUCCAAAUGUGAAAAAAACCUCAAUGUAAUCCGAUCCCUGUCAGGUGCCUGGUGGGGUACCCCUACUCCCAAAAGCUUUUAUACAAUGCCCUUAUUAGAAGUCAUUUUGACUAUGGCUGCUUUUUACUAG